AUGGAUCUGAGACCCGAGCUCCCCUCAGCCUCCUCGGCCUCUCAGGUGCACCCCGGGGCGGCCGCGGCGGCCUCCAUCCCGGUGUCCAUGGCGGGGAACCUGCUGCGCGGCCCGCCGCUCCUCCUGCGCGCCGCGGACAAGUACCCGCGCACGCCCAAGUGCGCGCGCUGCAGGAACCACGGCGUGGUGUCGGCGCUCAAGGGCCACAAGCGCUACUGCCGCUGGAAGGACUGCAUGUGCGCCAAGUGCACGCUGAUCGCGGAGCGGCAGCGCGUGAUGGCGGCGCAGGUGGCGCUGCGGCGGCAGCAGGCGCAGGAGGAGAACGAAGCGCGUGAGCUGCAGCUGCUCUACGGAACCGCGGAGGGACUGGCCCUGGCCGCCGCCAACGGCAUCAUCCCGCCGCGUCCGAACUACGAGGUGUUCGGUUCCGUCAACAGCGAGAGCAACUCAGACUCGAGCAUGCAGAAGUAUGAGCUGUUUCCAAAGAGCCAGCUGUCCGGGUCCAGCACCCCGCAGAAGUCCGCGGGGAAAGCGGCCUCCACCGAGGGCGACUCGGCCCCGGGCGUCUCCUCCCCCGACGGGCGGCACGGAGGAGGCUCCGGCUCGGAGAACGGAGACAGCGAGUCCUUCAUCAGCUCGCCGGUAUCCAAGCCGUUAAAGGACGGAGAGGAGACCCCCGGCUCCGUCAGCUCCCUGGGCUCGGACUCCGGCUCUGAGACCGACAAAGACGAGCAGGAGCCCUCCCCUUCCUCCGCCGCCUCGCGCCACAUGAACGCCAUCGACAUCCUCACGCGGGUGUUCCCCAGCCACAAGCGGAGCGUCCUGGAGCUGGUCCUGCAGGGCUGCGGCAAAGACGUGGUGCAGGCCAUCGAGCAGAUCCUCAACAACGGCGGCGCGCAGACCCCCAACAAGUCCGGGCCGGGGGAGGAGCGGUGGACUGCGGAGAGGAUGCUCCAGAACGCGCAGCAGCCUCCGCCCGCGUCCGCCACCGCAGCCGCGCCGACCAGGCCCAUGCUCGCCGGCGCCAUGACGCUCAGCAACCGCUCCGCCUUCUCCCCCCUGCAGCCAAACGCCCCGCACUUCGGCGCAGACCCGGGCACCUACCCCCUGGGCACGCACCUGGGACUGAACCCGCUGCGGCUGGCCUACUCCGCGCACAGCCGGGGACUGGCGUUCAUGACGCCCUAUUCCACCACGGGGCUCAUGCCCACCCUGGGCUUCAGACCCCCCAUGGACUACGCGUUUAGCGACCUGAUCAGGGACAGGACGAUGUUGCACAAGGAGCAGAGCUACAGCGGCGGCCUGUACGGGCCUCUGGUCAACAACACGCCGGACAAACCGUGA